AAGAAACACUUAUUUGACUUACAUAUUAUAAUAAUUAAUCAGACUUUUAUCAACACUACAAUGUUUCACCGGCAAUUGUUCAUUGUGCUCUUUGCUAUUGUAUCAUUUCAAUUUAAUUCAUGUUUCGUUUUGGAUGCUAUUGAAAUAAUUGAAAAACUCGGAGAAUAUAGCAUCAAAAUUAAUGAAAUAACGGAAGGAUCAAACGAAGGAACUGAUCAAAAGCUCGAUACCAUCAAAGGAAAGCUCGAUACAAUGUCUGAAAAAAUGGAUAACGACUUGAGACAAAUUUUAACGAAUCAACAAAUCGCUCCUUUGUUAAACAAAUUUUGGGCUUUGAGAAUUAAAUUCAAAGGAAAAAUGGAUGCAAUUUAUCGAGAUAUUCCCCGAAACUUGACUGACGUUGAAAGCUCUGCAAUUGCCAACAGUGUCAUUGGAGAUAGCGACGAUUCAAUCCAUCAACUGAUCCAAAAGAUACAUGACACACUUUUCACUCACGACAACGGAGCUUUGUUCAACUAUGUUACGGAAAAUAUUCAAUUUGUCGCAAAUCGUAAAAAGGUUCCCGCAGACAAACUCAUAUUUGAUUUGUAUCUUGGCAUCAUGUCGCUCGAAAUGAAAGCUGCUAUCGGUUUAGAGUUUCAAUUUGAUGUUUUUAAGCAUGUUCAUCCAACUCACAAUCAAGAUCGUCGAAGAAUUGAAAAGAAUAACGCAAUGCAAAGAAUUCAAGUUACAAAAUCAAAAUUCGAGGAAUAUCUAAAGAAGAAAAAGUUUCACGUGAAAAAGGAAACUUUUAAUAUUGGCGAUACAACGAAUUACAAAAAUUCAAUCUACUUAGGGCAAUUAAAAGCAGAUCCCGGAUACGUUAUUUCUGAUUUCAAAUUGAGCAAAGUUGUAACGACAAGAAAUGCAGGUCGAAGAUUUGGAAGUAUUGAUAUUGGAAGUUCGUAUUCGUCUUAUAUUCGUGACGUUUUUUGGUAUCCGGAAAUAAAGCAAAGUAAAUUAGAUAAAUAUGGCGUAAUAGAUCCAACGACAUCUUCAUGGAAAAGCUUUGAAACGUGUCAAGAAAGAACGCCUCUCAAGGAUCUUCGUUUCGUUAAUCAAGAAAACUCAAUAGAUUCAAGCAAUUCAAACGCAUUAACUGGCAUUUCCAUGAUUCGUGAAUCGGAUGGUUCUGUACAAGUUAAGAAAAAUCAUGUAAAAUUUGAAGUCAAAACAGGAGCUUUGGGGAAAAAAAGUGAGUCAUUCACUCCAAGUCAAGAUUCUUGUGCUGAAGUAAAGGCAGCUGAUAAGUCAGAAGUCAAUAGUGCAAUUUUGGGAUUUAAAAUUAAUAAAAGUGAUUCUAAUCUUACUUUGGAAGUAAUUAAAUUUGAUUACAGUACUUUGAUUUAAUAUAGAAAAACUUACAAUGUUUUUUUUGCAAAAUACUUUUAAUUUCUUGAUAAGCGUUUGACUCAAAAUGCCUUAUCGUUUCUGACAAUUUAUUAAUAAAAAAUAUAAUAAAACUCAUUUAGUCCAUUAAAUUUAAUUAUUUUACUUGUCGCAUGUGAAUUUUGAUGAAGGGGGGAGGGGAGAAAAAUUAUUUAAUUUUUUUUUUACUUAUUUUUUGACUUUUUUGAACGUUAAACGUUGAUUGAAGACAUUAAAAUAAUUUUUACUUUUAUUAUUUUAAUUUUUUAAGUCAAAACUUUAAUAAUAUUUCACAAAAUAAAAAUUUGAAAAAAACUACUUUCAAAUGCAUUCUUCUACGUUGUUUUGAAAAUCAGAGCUGAAAAUCUAAAGACAAAAAAAACAAUAAAAAAUUAAUUUCUGCGUUUUAAAUCAAAGUACCUUUUAUUUUAUGCUGAAUAUAAUUUAAACAAGUCACAAAAUUCCGUAUUCAAGAAUUAGAAAAAAAUAUUUUUUCACACUUUUAUAGACGAUUCACUCUUGAAUAAUAACGGUCAAAACGGUCAAAUUGAAACACGUUAAAAUGUCAAAGAAUUAAUCACAGGAAUUGCAUUAAAGAAUAAAUAAUUGAACACGUAGGAUAUCAAGAAUGGCCUUUAUGCACAGUAAAAAAUCGAUGCGAGACAAUUUUUUGGAUUUUUUUUACUGUGCAAAAAGGCUAUCUUUGAUAACCUACGUGUUCAAUUAUUAUUUAUUCUGACGACUUAUUAAUUAAAACAUAUUGAAAUUGGUAGAUAAGAAAGAAUUAAAUUGACACAAAGCAAGAACUUUUGUUUACAUUUUGAGAAUAUAUUAUUUUUGAUAAACUUCAAUCAAUAAUUUUGUUUUCAUAUUUUUUUUUUAAAUUAAAACGCUAUAAUCAAACCGAUUCAAUUCUACAUCGAGGUUCGAUCCCGAUUUAGAAACCCGUACAUUAGUAACAGGAGUAUUUGCGAAUGAAUCAACUGAAAUAACUUGAUUUGGCUUUUCUCUUCCCUCCAAACUUCCUGUUUCAAAAUCAAACUUUACAUAUUUUUUCUGAACCUUCACAUUUCCUCUCGAUACUCGAUUCAACGAAAUUGCUGUCAAAGCAUAUUGAUUAUUUGCAUUACUUGGUAUAAUAUCAUUGACAUUUUCGAAUCUUGUGUCUCUCAGGGCAUCAAUGUUACCAACAUUAUAAUCUUCAAUCCUUUUCCAUGAAGAUGUUUUUGGAUCAAUUAAACCCAUUGGACCUAAUUUGCUCUGUUGGAUCUUGGGAUGCCAAUACAUUUCAAAAACGAUUGGAGGAUUGCGACAAGCUAAACCGAAACAUUUGAACUUUUUCCUACGUUUAACCGAUUCUAAUUUAAAGUCAGAAAUUAUGUAUCCGGGAUCUGCUUGAAGUUGUCCCACACAUAGCCAAUCUUGAACUUUGUAAUUAUCUCUUUUCACGUGUAAUUUGGCACUUUCCAUGUAUUCCUUGAAUUUUAAACUUGUUUUCGGUACUCGAGUUUUUGUGUUAUUUCUUUCAAUGUUUCGUCGAUCUUCAUUGUGAUCUGGAUAAACGUACUUAAAAACGUCAAAUUGAAAU